CGCUUCCGGCUCGCGUCGCGAUGGCGCGGCCUGGGCCUCGGGGCCCCUCGUAGCCGCCUCGCCCUGCGCCCGCUUUACUUCUUAUGGCGGCCCCGCACCCCGACAAGCUGGAGGGGGGAGUAGGCCUCGCUCCGCCUGCUCCGGGUCCGCCUCCUCCUCCGCCGCCGCUGCCUCCUCCGCCGGGGAGCCUCGCCACGGGUCCAGGCCGCAAGCAGGGCAAGGCCGGUCUUCAAAUGAAGAGCCCAGAGAAGAAACGUCGCAAGUCCAACACGCAGGGCCCCUCCUAUUCCCACCUCUCGGAGUUUGCCCCCCCUCCCACCCCGAUGGUCGAUCACCUGGUGGCCUCCAACCCAUUUGAAGAUGACUUUGCCAUCCCCAAGGUUGGCUCCUCCUCCGCGCCCUUCCUCGGCAACCCCGGCCCCUUUGGCAACUUCCGCAUGCAAGGGGCGAUGGGCCCCCAGGUCCCGCCCAGCUACGGCGGGGGUCCCCAGCCCAUGCGGAGGCAGCCGCCCCCCUUUGGACCCAACCAGAUGGGCCCCGCAUUCAACAUGCCCCCCCAAAACCCUGGCUACGUCCAACCCGGCGGGAUGGGCUUCGGCGGGCAACCUUUCGGGCAGCCGCUGGGACAGAACUUCAGCCCCCCCGGCGGGCAAAUCAUGCAGGGGCCCAUGGGGGCGUUUGGCCCCAUGAUGUCGCCAACCAUGGGGCAGCCCCCUCGCGGGGGGGACAUGGGCUCGGGGCCAGCUCUCAACCCUCCAGGCGGACCUCCGAUGGCCCAGCGAUUCAGCCAGCCCGCCAACCUCUUUGGACAGUCCCCCCUGCAGCGCCCCAACCCCAACCUCUCCAGCCUGCCCCCUAACCCCAGCCCCUUCCCGGGGCCCGACCCCGGAUUCCCUCCCUCUGCCGAAGACAGUGGGACCGGCAAGCCCCUCCAUCCGCCUCCCAACAGCUUCAACCAGGAACAGCACACCGGCUCGCCGGCAGCCGUCAACGGCACCCAGCCCGCCUUCCCGCCCAACAGCACCGGCCACAGCGGCCCCACCGGGACCCCCGAAGGCAACCCCUUGCCCCCCACCAGCAAGGCAGCUGGCAACUCGGGCCACCAGCCUCCGCCCGGCCUGGUGUACCCCUGCGGCGCUUGCCGCAGCGAAGUGAACGACGACCAAGACGCCAUCCUGUGCGAGGCAUCGUGCCAGAAGUGGUUCCAUCGGGAGUGUACCGGCAUGACGGAGAACGCCUACGGGCUGCUCACCACCGAGGCCUCAGCUGUCUGGGCCUGCGAUUUCUGCCUCAAGACCAAGGAGAUCCAGUCCGUCUACAUCCGGGAGAGCAUGGGGCAACUCGUGGCCGCCAACGACGGCUGAGACCUCCCCCCCCGUCGUCAUCCCGGUGGGCAGAAAAGACGGCCGAUCCGGUUUGUACCACUACGAGACACUCCUGGCUGAGGAGGGAGGCACCAAAUCCCAUCCCUGGAGAAUUUUGGGCAGCCGAGAAAAAAGACCCCACGACCUCCAGUGGGUUUCACUCCUGACCCUGGACUUGCUGGGCACACAAUUGGAUGGCCGGAAGAUCCAUUUUACGCCUUCAUCCACUCCGGGAGCUUUGUCGUCCUUCCUGGGUUUGUCUCUCGCCCUCCUCGACCCACAACCUUUCUUUAAAACUGCAAAGCCUUGACAGAAAAGAGAGAGAGAGAGAGGAGGGGGCGUUUUCCCAGUCUCCCCCUCCCAUCUUCCAUUCCUCUCCUCCGCCUCCAUUCAAGUUUCGGCUCAGCCCCGUCCCUCCGUUUGGUCUCGCCGCGAAAUCGUCCGGUUUUCUUCCAGUAAAUUCACCAAUUCAAGUAAUAUAUACCUCUUAUUUGGAAGAGUGGGGGGGGGGGGCUGCAGGGGCAUCUGACAGAAAGAGAGUCUUACAGAACACAACCUGAAGACUUGUCCGGAUGCUGCUCCUGAAUUUGGAGCUUCCGCGCUUACUUAAAAUUUUGGAACCCUCCGCUGUAGCCGGUCGUUUCGGUAGCUCGAAAGUGGCUGCCGGGUUUUUUUUGACAAAUAAUGGGGGGAAACUUGACAGAACGACAAACUUUGGCCCUUUUUUUUUCCUCCCGAGAAGACUGUAAAACAAGCAAACAAAAAAAAAGAACCAACUUGGGACCUGUUUUUUUAAUUAUUAUUAUUAUUAUUGUUAUUAUUAUUAUUACGUUCGCCUUCCGGUAAUUUUCCCAACUGACAUUUUUUUGGGGGGUCGCUGUGUCCGUUUUUCUUUCCGUCGGGCUUGUGUUUGGUCACGUGCUUAACGGAUGUGUCUUUGAUCGUUGUUUCUAUCCUGCUGGACAUUCGGCGGAGAGAGAGAGAGAACUGGGGAGGGGGUGAGAGAAAAAGAGAGGGAGUGGGGGGGAGAAGCAAGGUAUAGCUGGAUUGAUACACAACCCCUCCCUCGUGUUUUAAUGUUGCGGACAUUAAAAACAAAGUGAAUUUUGUACCAAU